GAGAAUCCACAAAAAGAAAGAUCCAAUCAGCACAGCUGAUUACAGCAGAACCGGAGCUUGCAGGAUCAGGAAAAGAUUUCCAGGACACUGCAGAAACGGAAAAGAUGGCUAUCGACUGGAUUGGUUUUGGCUAUGCUGCUCUUUUAGCUGUUGGAGGCUACAUGGGAUACUCUCGCAAAGGAAGCAUAGUAUCUUUGGCUGCAGGUCUUACCUUUGGUUUGCUUGCUGGUUAUGGUGCAUACCGUGUGUCAUAUGAUCCGAGAGAUGUCAAGAUAUCAUUGAUUGCAGCUUUUACUCUGGCUAUAGUAAUGGGUCUGAGAUACAACCGCUCUAGGAAAAUAAUGCCUGCUGGCCUUGUGGCAGGUAUCAGCUUGUUCAUGAUUUUGCGACUGGCACUAAAUGGGCUAUAAAGUUAAGGACCUGCCGGGGAACUCACUUCAAAUCAGUUGGCUCCCUUGAAAAUGUAUGGCUCCUACAGUUCCUACAAAUACUAACACUGAUUUUGCACUUAUUGCUCUUCUGCCAGAUGUACAAUUAAUGUUUACAUGAUUUUUACUUCUUUUUCACUUUAAAUCUUUCCAAAGUAUACAUUUUAAUGAAAUGUAGUCAACCCUUUAUGUCUAAAAUAUUCUGGCCAUACAUGUGAAGAUCUGCAGACCUCUGCCUCAUUUGGCUAUCUGUGCGCGAUAAGUUGAUCCGGUAUUCUAAGUGUUAAGCAGGCCAUACACUGAAAGAUCUGCUUGUUUAGUGAGGUUGCCAAAUGAGCAGAUCUUUCCCUAAUAUGCCCAACUUAAAUGGGAAGAUAUUGCAUUGAUCCAAUUGUUUGGCUGUCGGCAAGAUGUAGGCUGUCGGGGCGAGGACCGCAUCAACGAGCCCAUACACUCCUUGCCCUAACGGGAUUUUGAUACCUACCCAAAUCUGGCUGGUUUUGAACCAGAGAAUUACAUUGGGGAUGUUUCACAAUGCUCUACUUUUCUUCUUUGCACAGUGACAGCUGUGCCUCACACUACCUCUUACCAACUUAUCAAUGGUUUUGGGAAGUCAUUCUUCCUUUUCUUCAGUCUCCAUUUUUCUUCUCAGGCACAUGAGGCUCUUUAAGGAGUUUAUGUGGCGCGAAACAUUGUGCUAAAUUGCACAAAACCAACCCCUGUAGACUAGCCCUAAACUUUUUGGGCAGCUAUUAUCUGAUAAGUUUUGUGCCAGCACUACUUAAAAACAUAGAGCUUAAAGCUUCCAAGUGCCCCAUUUAGAAUUUCCCUAAACUGUCCAGUCCCUAGGGCACAAACUUAUUCUGCUUUCUUCAACUAAUUUCUAGUGUUGUUUAGUCUGCUGUUAGUGAAACAUUACACCUCUGUGUUGAGUGCUGUUUCUUGUGUGAGGAAUCUGAAAUAACAGGCAUGGUCUCAAUCUUAGAGGUGAAGAUACAGAGUAACAAAGUUAAUGUGUGUUCAGAAGUCUUGGAACUUUGUUUUAUAAAGCAGGUUGUGAAAUCAAAAAAAUAACCAUAAUUCACAAUAAUAUUAUUUCCACACACAUAAUUACCAAAUUAUUGUUGAAGGAUUGCAUCUAUCAUGGCUGGCAGGCCUCGUCUUAGGACUGCACCUUUUUUGCCCAGUGGUGCAAUAGGAAGCCAUUAGAGACAUUGGUUGGAUUGAUGUAUUUGUCCCACAAACAACAUAUAAAUAUUGAGGGAUACUACAAAAUCCCAUUGUAUAAAGUUGGAUGGUUUCUUGCCUUCAUGGUUCUAAAUCUGAAGUCAGUAUAUUUCAGUAAGAAACAAAUGGUCUGUAUGAUAAAAUCGCAGCGUGCAGCAUUUCCUGUGUGUUUCAUUAUUUUUAGACAAGAGCAACUACAUAUUGGCUUAUAUGAUGUGAAUAUCCAACAAAAUCUCAAUGAAACCAUUUUAACCACAACAGUAUUUACAAUAAUAGGGAAACAGAUAAAGAGACUUAACAUGGACAACAUAAACAAUCAUACGAAUCUGGCCUUUCAAUGGAAGCUGGCUCUGAUUGCUAGUUUGUGGAAUAUCACACAUAUAAGAGAUUCAGUGAAUCCUCUAAUCCAAUUCUACAUAGAUGGCUUCUUUUUAAUUUGCAGCCAAAAGUAUUAUGUCUACCAGUUGCAUAGUUUUAUCUAAAUGCAAUUACUACUAUAGUUAAAAGGACAGUCACACUACAAUGCAGAAAUACUGUACAUCAUAUGGGGUUUAAGCAAAUUAUGUCCAGUGCCUUGGGCAUGCAACCCCUAAAUUUGUGCUGCCCUAGGCUGGGCCUUUGUGGCCUCCUCACAAAUCCAGGCCAGUAUGUAUCUGCACUGCUCCCUUAUUAGACAGAGAUAGAGAGAAAUUCCUAGAAAAAAAGGUAGGAUCACUUGUGGUUAACCAGUUGUUAAGCUUGUUGCUUAAUUCUUACCCUGGGCUAGCGCUCCUCUUCAAAUGCACUGGCCCAAGGUACUUUUCCUUUGAACAUAGCCCUGCUAUACAGUAUUUAGUAGAAUUGUAGCCCUUACCGAUGCUGGGUGUGUCUGCAGUAUAGAUGUUGGGGAAGAAUUUUUGCACUGUGGGUGUGCUUACUUAGGGUGGCACAGGGAAUGCCUCAAAAAGUGGAAAAAUAUGGUGGCACGACCUGUCUGAGGAAGAGGAGUACUGGCCCAGUGGUAGAAUGUAACAGAUUAUUGUUUGCCUUACAACUUUUACCUUUUAUCUUUUGUAUCUGAGUACCACUGUAUUGACAUUACUUACCAUUUUUUUUUCUCGUAGAACGUAGAGUCUAUGGCACCUGCAUUAAAAGGACUACAAUGCUUACUUAAUUAGCUAACUUCUUCAUUUUCCCAUGACUGUUUGAUCUGUUCCAUGUUUGUUUACAAACAUGGCAACACAUGGCAUAGGGCAGAGUGUUAAAUAAAAAACAUCUUUGUUGUUAUUACUGUUGCUACCUGAAAUUUUGUCUUAAUUUUACUGCUAAUUUUAUUGCAGUGUUCAGUGUUCUACACAAUUUACUCUUACAGUUGUAUGCACUUCUCCUAAGCAUUUAAUCAGCUUUAUGGGAUCAUUUAGUAAUCAAAACUUGCAAAUUCUUUUUUAGAAAACUGUUCCUUUUUGUAAUAUUUUUUUUUUACUAUUUUGUACAAUUCAUGAUGCUUUUCAGCAACAAUUUGUACAACAUUUAAAUAAAAUACAAGCACUGUAAAAUUA